AUGGCGCACAUCUACGACAUUGGAACGCGAGCAUGGCAGCCAGACACGACCGAGGGCUGGGUCGCCUCGGAGGUUGUGGACAAGCAGAUUGCAGGCGAAAAGGUCACGCUGGUCUUCAAGCUGGACAAUGGCGAGGUACGCAGCAGCCAUGGCAGUAGCAGCCACAACAACAACAGCAGCAGCAGCAGCAAAGGAGUCACGGCUAAUGAGAACAAUGCGCAGACCAAAACCAUCGAGACAACGCUGGACAGCAUCCAGACUGGCAACGACCCGAAUCUGCCUCCGUUGAUGAACCCAGCGAUGCUGGAGGCCAGCGACGACCUGACGAAUUUGUCCCAUUUGAAUGAGCCGGCUGUACUCCAGGCUAUCAAGUUGCGCUACUUGCAAAAAGAAAUCUACACCUACUCUGGUAUCGUUCUCAUCGCUACGAACCCCUUCGCCCGAGUCGAUUCACUCUACGUACCUGGCAUGGUACAGGUCUAUGCUGGCAAGCAAAGAUCUUAUGGCGCGCCGCAUUUGUUCGCCAUUGCAGAAGAAGCCUUUGCUGACAUGUUACGCGACCAGAAGAACCAGACAGUGGUCGUCUCUGGAGAGUCUGGAGCUGGUAAAACCGUCAGCGCCAAAUACAUUAUGCGAUACUUUGCAACCCGCGAGUCUCCAGACAACCCUGGAAAGCGGAGAGGCAAGGCCGAUGCCAUGAGUGAGACGGAAGAGCAGAUUCUCGCCACCAAUCCCAUCAUGGAAGCCUUUGGUAACGCGAAAACCACGCGAAACGACAACUCCUCCCGGUUCGGUAAAUACAUCGAAAUCAUGUUCAACAAGCAGACGGACAUUAUUGGCGCCAAGAUAAGGACAUACCUGCUGGAACGGUCAAGACUGGUGUUUCAACCGCUUAAGGAGCGGAACUACCACAUCUUCUACCAGCUCGUCGCUGGUGCGACGGAUGCCGAGCGCACAGAGCUCGCACUAAAGUCUGUCGAAGAGUUCAACUAUCUCAAUCAAGGUAGCGCACCCGUCAUCGAUGGAAUGGACGAUGUUGCCGAGUUCAAAGCCACAAGAGACUCCUUGACCAAGAUUGGUGUAUCGGCAGAAACUCAGUCUGGUAUCUGGCGCAUCUUGGGAGCGCUCUUGCACAUGGGAGACGUCAAAAUCACUGCGACACGGACCGACUCGAAUCUAGCGCCAGACGAGCCCUCCCUAGUCAAGGCUUGUCAACUACUCGGCAUUGAUGCCAAUACCUUUGCCAAGUGGAUUGUAAAGAAGCAACUGAUUACCAGAGGAGAGAAGAUUGUGUCCAACCUCACGCAGCAACAGGCCAUUGUUGUCCGAGACUCAGUCGCCAAGUUUAUCUACUCUAGUCUAUUCGACUGGUUGGUCGAACGGACCAACGAGAGUCUUGCCACGGAAGCAGUCCUCGCAGCAGCCCAUACCUUUAUUGGUGUGCUCGAUAUUUAUGGGUUUGAGCACUUCGCUAAGAACUCUUUUGAACAGUUCUGUAUCAACUACGCCAACGAAAAGCUGCAACAAGAAUUUAACGCUCAUGUGUUCAAGCUCGAACAGGAAGAAUACAUGCGCGAAAAGAUUGACUGGACCUUCAUCGACUUUGCCGACAAUCAGCCAUGUAUUGACCUCAUCGAGGGCAAGAUGGGCAUUCUCUCUCUACUUGAUGAAGAGUCUCGUCUUCCCAUGGGCUCCGAUGAGCAGUUUGUAACCAAGCUACAUCACAACUUCUCUGGCGACAAGCACAAGUUCUACAAGAAGCCGCGAUUUGGAAAAUCUUCCUUUACAGUCUGCCAUUACGCUAUUGACGUCACGUACGAAUCGGACGGCUUCAUUGAGAAGAACAGAGACACUGUUCCUGACGAACACAUGGAGGUUCUCAAGGCCUCGAGUAACAAGCUCUUGACCGAGGUCUUGGACGUGGCUAGUCAAAUCCGUGAGAAGGAGACUGCUCACACCAGCUCAACCAAGCCAGGUGCUGCAGUAUCUGCCGGCCGUAGGAUUGCCGUCAACAGGAAACCCACGCUGGGAGGCAUCUUCAAGUCUUCUCUGAUUGAGCUCAUGCAGACCAUCAGCUCGACCGAUGUCCACUACAUCAGAUGUAUCAAGCCCAACGAGGCGAAAGCGGCUUGGCAGUUCGAUGGGCCCAUGGUUCUUAGUCAAUUGCGAGCUUGUGGUGUUCUUGAGACCGUCAGAAUCAGUUGUGCUGGUUACCCAACCCGAUGGACGUACGAGGAGUUUGCUCUACGUUACUACAUGUUGGUGCGAUCGAACGAAUGGACUCCCGAGAUCCGAAACAUGGCUACCGCAAUCUUGAAGAAGGCCCUAGGCGCCGGAAAAAACGAUGGUACAGACAAGUACCAGAUGGGUUUGACGAAGAUCUUCUUCCGAGCUGGCAUGCUUGCUUUCUUGGAGAACUUGCGAACUGCCAGGCUUAAUGAUGCUGCCGUCAUGAUUCAGAAGAACCUUCGUGCCAAGUACUACCGCCGCAUCUAUUUGGAAAUGCGCGAGGCUAUUAUCUCUGUUCAAGCCCUUGCAAGAGGGUACAUGACCAGAGAGCGUACUGAAGAGGCCAGGCAAGUCAAGGCUGCGACCACCAUACAACGAGUGUGGCGUGGAAGCAAGGACCGCAAGCAGUUCCACAUCAUCCGCAACUCUGUCAUCAAGUUCGAAGCUGCCGCAAAGGGCUUCCUGCUGCGAAAGAAUAUUUUGGACACCAGGCUCGGCAAUGCUGCUCGUAUGAUCCAACGCAACUGGCGAAAACAACGAUACGUGCGUCAAAACUCUAGGUUAUGA